CGUUAACUCGAAGUUUACGAGGUCAAAACUUUCUUCAAAAUUAUCCUUACUUCUUCGACGCUGAGCGGCAUGCAUAUCCUGUACUCCUUGAUUAACAUCGUGACGAAUAUCACCGGUGUCGGUUGUCCAGUGAGGCUGAAAUUUCAUAUAUUUCCAGUGACAGUGCCGAGUAGAAAUGCGUCGAACACUUGUGCCGGGUGGUCUAUUUAUUGACUACUUCAGAUUGAGCACAUGGGGGCGCUAUACAUAGUCACGAAGUGAAGAAAAAGUGAACAUGGCGGAAACGGAAUCGGGAUCGAAAACCGACCAAAGGUCUGAAGACACAAGUGAAAACGGUGAACCAGUGCAGCCGCAACAGGACAAAUCCAAAGAGGACGCAACGGUGACAAGUCCAGCCAAGAAAAAGAAUGAUAAGGUUGAUGUGCUACUCAAGAAUACCGCUGAUGCUCCAAUCAUGGCGAAGAAGAAAUGGGCCGUUCCCCGGACCAGGAAAGUCUCCUGGGUGAUUGAGUUCAUCAGAAAGUACUUCAAGUGUGAACAGACCGACUCAUUGUUUCUCUAUGUUAACCAAGCCUUUGCCCCUGCUCCGGACCAAGAAAUCGGAAACUUAUUUGAGUGCUAUGGUAGUGAUGGCAAGCUGGUGCUACAUUACUGCAUGAAGGAAGCGUGGGGCUGAGAUGUUUUCUGUUCUCUGUAUUUUCCUUUUUCUUGUGUGCUGAAAUUCUCCUGAAAUAUGUGCAGUGUAAUGUUUGGAAUCGCGUUAAAGCUAUGCUGCAGUAACCCGACAUUGGUAACCAUUUGAGUGCAGAGCACCUGCACAGACGAUGCAUUCUUGCUGCGCGUAAACCAGAGACGCAUGUAAGCAGCGCGAACUUGUUGGGCAAUUUCACAAUACAUAUUAAAUUGUAUAUUUUGGCUACAACUACGGCAGUGAAAAGCAGACAGAUUCCAUUCAUUUGACAAAUUGCAGUAAGUUAUAACAAAGUUCUUUCAUAGCCUGCACAUAUAUUGGGUAGCCGUGACACAUUUGAUGAACUAUGAAUUGUGGAACUGUUGAAAUGGACUGAUGCAUUCACUCUGUGUAUAAACCAAUCCGGGCAUGCCAGUAAUUCUAUCACGAAGGCCCCUUUCAAUGGUGGAAGUAUUGUGCUAGCUAUUGUUCAGAUAAUCCGCGCACAAUGGUUUCUCCAUUGAAGGGGGCCUUAUGCGUCUACAGUGACCAGGUGCCCAUAUUCGUCUCUAGACUUCUGAAGGCGCUCUUUGAAAGAGUUGAAUAAAUGAUUUGGGCUAAUAUAAGGCUACGUCCAAACUACGUCCAAGUAGUUAUUAUAGGGACCAAAGACGCUAUGGGGACAGCAGAAAAAGUCCCCAUAACACGGUCCUAUAAAACUUCCCCAUAGCAAGGUGCCGGCCAGGGCAGAGGCACCUCUCCAAUGCCAUACUGGAUGUUCCAGCUGUCAGACGUUUGUGC